GCUGGCGUAGACCAGUCCCCGCCCAGCCCGCUUCCGCCGGGAAUGAAGAGCGUUGGGGUUGGUUUUGGUCCCGCGGACCCCACGCGCGUCCGCGGAACCCCCUGGCCGCUUCCGAGAGCCCCUCCCGCUGCUCUGAGCUCGGCUGCGCGCGCUUCCAUUGUCCUUAAGUGUGCCCUCUGCUAAUGCCGAGGAGGCUGCAGUUGCGCCGUUGUAGCACGGUGCUUCCCCCGCCCCAUGGAGCCACCCACUGGGGCCGCAGCAACCAAAAAGGAUCCUGUGGCUAGAGAUGAUGACCCUGGGAAAGCCAAGGUCUCAGCACCCGCCGCGGACCCCCGGUCCAGGACGUCGUCCCCUCAGAAAGAGGGGCCCGCGCUACAAGACUGGGACACCGUGGCUACCGUGGGCACUGGAACCUUUGGCCGAGUGAACCUGGUGAAGGAGAAGACAGGCAGACGGUACUAUGCCUUGAAGAUUAUGAGCAUCCCAGAUGUCAUCCGCCUGAAACAGGAACAGCAUGUGCAGAAUGAGAAGGCAGUCCUGAAGGAAAUCAACCAUCCCUUCCUCAUUAAGCUGUUCUGGACUGGCCAUGACAACCGCUUUCUAUACAUGCUGAUGGAGUUUGUGCCUGGCGGUGAGCUGUUCACCUACCUGCGGAACCGUGGCCGCUUCUCCUCCAUCGCUGGAAUCUUCUAUGCCACAGAGAUUGUGUGUGCCAUUGAGUAUCUGCAUUCCAAGGAAAUUGUCUACAGAGACCUGAAGCCUGAAAACAUCCUUCUAGAUCGGGAAGGACAUAUCAAACUCACCGACUUUGGCUUUGCCAAGAAGCUGGUGGAUAGGACAUGGACCCUCUGUGGGACACCAGAAUACCUUGCUCCGGAAGUCAUCCAGAGCAAAGGCCAUGGAAGGGCUGUGGACUGGUGGGCACUGGGCAUUCUUAUAUUCGAGAUGCUGUCUGGGUUUCCCCCAUUUUUCGAUGACAACCCAUUUGGGAUUUACCAGAAAAUUCUUGCAUGCAAAAUAGAAUUCCCCAGACACUUGGAUUUCACCUCUAAGGACCUCAUCAAGAAGCUGCUGGUUGUGGACAGGACCCGGCGCCUAGGCAGCAUGAAGAAUGGGGCAGAAGACAUCAAGCGUCACCGGUGGUUCCGAGGUGUGGACUGGGAGUCAGUGCCACAGAGGAAACUGAAGCCACCCAUUGUGCCCAAGUUAUCGGGUGACGGUGACACUUCCAACUUUGAGACUUAUCCAGAGAGUGAAUGGGACAAUGCCCCUUCUGUAUCUGACAAAGACCUGGAAACAUUCAAAAAUUUCUGAGGACAAGGACCCACGCCUACAAGGUGAGCCAUUUAUUUUUCU